CCCUUGGUGGUUUUGUUGCGAGUUGCGGAUGGAGAUAAGCCCGCAAUGGGCUAUAUAUAUGAGGGCAUGGAUAGGGCGAAGGAGGCCAUCAGAUUCGUCUAUGGAGCAGAUGAGAGCAAGUAUGGUCCCAUUUGGGAGAUCAUUGAUAGGAGAUGGCAUCAUCAGCUUCAUAGGCCCAUCCAUGUGGCAGCCUAUUAUCUAAAUCUGACAUUCCGUUUUAUCCCUUCUUUCAAGGCUGAUGCGGAGGUCCUUAAUGGGCUAUAUGCAAUCAUGGAGAAGAUGGGACCUACUGGUACUUCUCAAAUAGACCUUUUUCAAGAGCUACAGAUGUUCUCAGAUGCACAAGGGGAGACCUUCUCUCGUCCUGUCGCCAAAGACGGUAGGACAACUAUGAUGCCAGAUCAUUGGUGGAACUUUUUUGGCCCAGAGACACCAAAUGUUCAGAAGUUGGCCAUUCGUAUCUUGAGCCAACCAUGCAGCGCAUCAGGUUGUGAGCGCAAUUGGAGUAUGUUUGAGCACAUACACUCCAAGAGGCGCAAUAGAUUAUCUGUGGAGAAGAUGAAUGAUCUCGUCUUUGUUCACUACAACCUCCGCCUGAGAAUGAGAAAGAAUGCAACAGUUGACAUGUCUCCUAUCAUUCUAGAUGAGGUCAAUCUUGAAGCAGAGUGGGCCAAUGAGAAUCAGACAGCUCCUGGGACUCCUACAGCUGUAUUUAGUGAUGAUGACAUUGAUUGGAUCGACCAGGUAGAUAUAGAGGCUGAGGCUAUAGCCAUGGCAGAGGAGGAGCAUAGAGCAUGAGCAGAGACAGGAAAUACUGAGACUCAGAGUGACACAGCUGUUCCUGAUGUUGGUGAGCAUGACACAGCUGUUCGGCCCGUUCCUAAUGUUGGUGAGCAUGGCAUGGUGUCACGGGGAGCAACUAUGGCUGCUGAAUUAGCCAGGACCUACUUUAAACGCCUUCGCAGGGGGC